AGCAUUAAUUGAUACCCCAUCUAUCCCAUUUCUAUAUAUACAUGUUACCUUAGUUUUGAACUCUCAUCACAAUUAACACAUUAAGACAAACAACUUUACCACUCAUCUCAAGGCCAUUUCCUGUAAACUUUGUUUUGGUUUAUUUUAUUACUUAAUUUGAGAGUGAUUAAUUAGAGUAUGGACAAUGAGGAAAUCCCAUCAGUACCUUCUACUCCAGCAACACCAGGUACUCCUGGUGCUCCUCUUUUUGGUGGAUUCAAAUCUGAAAGACAUGGAAGUGGUAGAAACAACUCAUUACUCAAGAGUUUGAAAUGUUUUAAUGUUCAAGAAUGGACUUUGGAGGAUGGUGCCUUACCUAAAGUCUCUUGCUCUUUGCCUCCUCCUCCCGUUCCUCUCGCCAAAAAGGUUGGAGCAGAGUUUAUAGGCACAUAUAUUCUAAUGUUUGCUGGAAUAGCCACUGCAAUUGUGAACCAAAAGACACAUAAUUCAGAGACACUAAUUGGAUGUGCUGGAGCUACUGGACUUGCUGUUAUGAUCAUUAUUUUAUCAACCGGUCAUAUUUCUGGUGCUCAUCUCAAUCCUGCUGUCACCAUUUCAUUCGCCGCAUUAAAGCACUUUCCUUGGAAAAAUGUGCCUUUGUAUAUUGGUGCACAAAUUCUGGCUUCAAUAUGUGCUGCAUUUAGUCUGAAAGGAGUUUUUCAUCCAUUCAUGAAUGGUGGUGUCACUGUUCCUUCAGUUGAAUAUGGCCAAGCUUUUGCUUUAGAGUUCAUUAUCAGCUUUAAUCUCAUGUUUGUUGUCACUGCAGUUGCAACCGACACAAGAGCUGUGGGAGAGCUUGCGGGAAUCGCGGUGGGAGCCACCGUCAUGCUCAACAUACUCAUUGCUGGGCCUGCAACUGGAGGUUCAAUGAAUCCAGUAAGAACAUUGGGCCCAGCAAUUGCUGCAAACAACUACAAAGGCAUAUGGCUAUAUAUCAUAGCUCCUAUUCUUGGAGCUUUAGCUGGGGCAGGUGCCUACACUGCUGUUAAACUCCCUGAUGAAGAUUUUAACUCUGAAGUAAAAGCCUCUUCUGCCCCUGGAAGCUUUAGGAGAUGAUCUCAUCUCAUCCACAAGGUUGCAAUACAAGAUCUAACAAAGCUACUUUAAAUAGAACUUUUUUAUUAUAUAAGUACAUUAUAGUUUGUAAUUAAGAAUGAGUGAGUGAGUACUGCAAUUGAUGCAUCCUUAGCUUGCUAGCUACAUGCGCAUGUUGUAAUAUUUGUGUUCAAAUGCAUCAAUUAGUUGUGCAACGUUAUGAUCCAAGAUGAAUUAGUGUUGUUUCUGUACA